CUCUGAAUGACCCCUGUGAGUUUGAGAGAAGAGAAGCAGGAAUUUGAGCAGGAAGAGAGUAAGGAAGAGAGAAAGUAAUUCAAAUUUAUCAUUUUAACUUAAUAUUUAACUGAGUGAAAGCCAAAUCUUAUCUGAAAUUGGAAAGGUCAGGGUUUUGAGUGCUGAUUCAGUGCCCAUUUCUUUAUGAUUUGAUAGUCUGAGAAGAAUAUGAUGGGUGCGGCUUAAAAACCUAGAUCACGUGUGGUGUUGGAAUUGGGUGUUAUACGAGCAAACAAAAUAAAUACUUGCGCAAUAUACCUGCUUUGUGCACUCAAGCAGAGAAGAGAUCCACAAGUACUCACCAGUCUCCUGUUCUGCAAAGAAGACAGAAUCAACAUGAGCACUGCAGGAAAAGUAAUCAAAUGCAAAGCAGCUGUGCUAUGGGAGGUAAAGAAACCCUUUUCCAUUGAGGAGGUGGAGGUUGCACCUCCUAAGGCUCAUGAAGUUCGCAUUAAGAUGGUGGCCGUAGGAAUCUGUCGAUCAGAUGACCACGUGGUUAGUGGUACCCUAGUGACCCCUCUUCCUGCGAUUUUAGGCCACGAGGCAGCUGGCAUCGUGGAGAGUGUUGGAGAAGGGGUGACUACAGUCAAACCAGGUGAUAAAGUCAUCCCACUCUUUACUCCUCAGUGUGGAAAAUGCAGAGUUUGUAAAAACCCAGAAAGCAACUACUGCUUCAAAAAUGAUCUGAGCAAUCCUCGGGGGACCAUGCAGGAUGGCACCAGGAGGUUUACCUGCAGGGGGAAGCCCAUCCACCACUUCCUCGGUGUCAGCAGCUUCUCCCAGUACACGGUGGUGGAUGAGAAUGCAGUGGCCAAAAUUGAUGCAGCUUCACCCCUGGAGAAAGUCUGCCUCAUUGGCUGUGGAUUUUCGACUGGCUAUGGGUCUGCAGUCAAAGUUGCCAAGGUAGGAAUGACAAUGGAUGAGAAAACCGAUUACACGAAGACUGUCAGGAACCAAAAGGGAAGCAAUUUCUUGCAAGAAUCAGAAAUUAGUUUUAUAGAUUUGAAGUGUCGAUGA